AUGGGCCGGGGACGGGUGGUGCACAGUGCACGCCGACCGUGGUACGCUGCCCCGGCUACGGCGCCGGCGUCCGAUGGACUCGCCCGAUGCACCGCUAUCUUCCGCCCGUCCCGUGGCAUUACCUUAUAUGGGCAUAAAACGAACAGCACCGCGCGAUUGGUCGAGACCCGGCACAAGCCGGCGACCGCGGCCGAACGCAUUCCAAACCGCGAACGGUAUCAGCAGUCGCCGCCGCCGUAG